AUGUGUGGUGGUGGAGAUAUGGCGCUGACACUGGGCCUGGCUCAGCUCCAAGACGUGUCCCCAGGGCUGUGGACGGGCCUCUGCCAAAACCCGAAGGCAUGGCCCCCACAGCUGCAUCUUCUGAGCUCGGACACCCGUCCUGCUAUCGGAGAGGAAGGCACCGGGGCAGAGGACACAGCACACGCGGGGGGCCCUCCUGGCCUGCGCGCACACCGCCCCCAGGACGCCGCCAGCCGCAUGGCUCACCGGCCCGCAGGAGCGCUGCUCGCGUGCGCUGGCCUCCUGGCCUUCGUCGCUGCGGCUGCCGGCCUCGGACCCCCAGGGCCCGGAACGUCCGCCCCCCAGGACCCGCCGCCCGGGAACGAGCUGCCCGCGGGGCCGGGCGACAGCCACGUGGGGCUGGAACCCCUCGGCCAGCGGGCUCAUGGCGUGGACCCACGGGACACCUGGAUGCUCUUCGUCAGGCAGAGCGAGAAGGGCAUCAACGGCAGGAAGCGGAACCGAGGCAAGGCCAGGAGGCUGCGGCUUGGCCUGCCAGGACCUCCUGGACCCCCUGGACCUCAAGGCCCCCCGGGAGCCGUCAUCCCUGCUGAGAUGCUGCUGAAGGAGUUCCAGCUGCUGCUGAAAGGCGCGGUGCAGCAGCGCGAGCGCGCGGAGACCGAACCCUGCACCCGCGGCCCGGGCCCCGCCACCCUGGGCCCCGCCAGCACGGCCGCCGAGGAGCCGGAGGAGGAGGCCGGUGUCCUCGCCCUGCUGAGCGCGCCCCUGCGCCCGGGCCCGCCGCGCGUCGAAGCCGCCUUCCUCUGCCGCCUGCGCCGCGACACGCCGGUGGAUCGCCGCUCGCUGCACGAGCUGGGGCCCUACCUCGUGCCCGACGCCGAGGGCGCCUUCCGCCGCGGCCCCGGCCUGAACCUGACCAGCGGCCAGUACACGGCGCCCGUGGCCGGAUUCUACGCCUUCGCCGCCGCGCUGCACGUGGUGCUCACUGAACCGCUGAAACGAGGGCCACCGCGCGCCAGGGACCACCUGCGUCUGCUUGUCUGCAUCCAGUCCCAGUGCCAGAGCAACGCCUCCCUGGAGGCCGUCAUGGGGCUGGAGAACACCAGUGACCUCUUCACACUCGCUGUCAGCGGUGUCUUGUAUCUGCAGACUGGGCAGCAUGCCUCGGUCUUCCUGGACAACGCCAGCGCCUCCUCCCUGACCGUGCGUGGUGGCUCCCGCUUCAGCGCGGUACUCCUGGGCGUAUGA